AACUGGAUGGGUUUGUGGACGAACCUGCCGUCAGCCAGAAGGUUGCUUUGAACAUUGGAAAGCUAAACCUCGCAUUCCUUGUAAGGUUUGCAGUAAGCCAACUAGCUCUGAACCCGGCCUUUGUAGAAAGCAUUCUGGUACCUAUUAUGUGACCCAAUAUUUUAAUAGGCUUCGAAAUAAAGCUAAUGCUGAUGAUUUAAUCCGGAUGAAAAUUGAUGAAUUACUUCUAAAGCUGUCAGCGAACAAAACUGAAGAAGCAGGAGAGCAAGGUCUACAGAUCGAAGCACUACAGGUAACUAGCACUAUUGCUCCAAUCAUAAGCAAAGAAUCAGAAGAUACUGAAGAUAAAGCUCCGAUUUUCAAGCCCAGUAAUGAGGUUACGAUCUUUCAAUCCAGAAUCAUUACCUCUGAUAAUAUUCCUAAAGCUCUGAUUGAUUUGGAUAGUGAGAAUAUGGAUGCUUUUAUUCAAAUAAAAAUCGAUGAAUUGCUUUUAGAGCUGUCAGCAAACAGAGCUAAAAAAGCAGAAGAGCAAGUUCAAGCGUCUUCUCCAAGGCUUCGGGAUAGAGCUAAUGCCUUUUCACAAUAA